AUGUAUUUUUUUGGUGUUCAUGCCAACCAAAGAUUUAUACCAUUAAAUCUAUUUAAAGUCUAUCAUGAACUGUUUAUAUCCAUUUCACUUUGUUCCUGUUUAUGUAUUUACCUAUCUCAUUCUGUACCUUCUCAUUUAUUUAUUUUGCUUGUUUUCAUCUAUCUAUCUAUCUAUCUAUCUAUCUAUCUAUCUAUCUAUCUAUCUCAAUCUAUUCCUUAUUAUCUAUUCACAUUUCUCCUUCUUAUCUAUCUCAUUUCUACUUCUUAUCUAUCUAUCUAUCUAUUUCUACUUCUUAUCUAUCUCUUCUUCUUAUCUAUCUAUCUAUCUAUCUAUCUAUCUAUCUCAUUUUUCCUUCUUAUCACAACUGUUCUUUAUUAUCUAUCUAACUCAUAUCUCUUUAUCUAUCUCAUUCUACUGCUGCCUAUCUAUCCCAUUCUACUGCUAUCUCUCUCUCUUUCCUGUUCUAAUACUAUCUCUCUCUCCGAUUCUACUGUUAUCUCAAUCUCUCUCUCUCUAUCUCAUUCUACUGCACCCUAUCUAUCUAUCUAUCUAUCUAUCUAUCUAUCUAUCUAUCUAUCUAUCUAUCUCAUUCUACUACUACUAUCAAUCUAUCUGUCUAUCUAUCUAUCUAGACAAAAAAUCAGCUGGUAG